AUGCUGUAUCCACUCCUUCUAUCGGCCCUGAUAGGGCUUUUAUCUGUAACCGCUCUAGCGUGUCCUCUUCCUUCUGAGACAACUGUCUACAUCACUACAACUAUCACUGCGCCGGCUGGUACUGUUCCAACUACUGAUCCUCCGACUACCACGACUACCACUCCCACUAUGACGGCUAUAUCCUCAACAGUCCCGUCUUCGACUCCAACUGGAUCAACCGACAGACUGGUGUUCUGUCAUUUCAUGAGCUCAGCAGAGUAUGACGGUGACAUGAAACACGCCAAAGCACUGGGCAUUGAUGCCUUCGCCCUAAAUAUUGGAACAGAUUCCUACACCGACACCCAACUCGGCUAUGCCUAUGAUUCUGCAGCUAGGAAUGGAAUGAACGUCUUCCUCUCCUUCGACUUCAACUGGUGGCAUAUCGAUCAGGGCAGUGCCGUCGGUGCCAAGAUUAGAGAGUACGCCGACCACUCGGCCCAGCUCAAGGUUGAUGGCAAGAUCUUUGUAUCUUCCUUCUCGGGCGACGGCGUUGAUGUCUCUGCUAUGACUUCUGCAGCUGGACAAGACCUCUUCUUCGCGCCUAACUUCCAUCCCGGACAAGGUGAUUUCAGUGCUAUCCAGGGUGCGCUGAAUUGGAUGGCGUGGCCCAAUAACGGAGAUAAUAAGGCUCCAUCGGAUGGCAAGAAUAUUGACGUGGCGGAUGGCGAUCAGGCUUAUAUGAAUGCCCUGAAAGGGAAGCCAUACGUUGCUCACGAGGUCUCAUACAGCAAGAAUUGGGUAUUCCCCUCCGACCUUCUUUGGUAUAACCGCUGGCGGGAUAUUUUGCAACUGGGUCCUCGAUUCGUGGAGAUCAUUACUUGGAAUGACUAUGGAGAAUCACACUAUAUUGGACCUCUGUCGUCGCCUCACACUGACGACGGAUCGUCCAAGUGGGCGAUGGACAUCAGACAAAGGCCUCAUACCGGUUGGCUGGAGAUGUCCAAGCCGUUCAUCGCAGCCUACAAAGCCGGCGUCACCGACCCGAUGGACUACAUCACCGAGGAGAAGCUAGUGUACUGGUACCGUCCGACAAAAAAGGACGUGGACUGCGAUGCGACAGACACCACCAUGCAAGGCAACCCAAACAACUCUAGCGGGAACUUCUUCCGUGGCCGGCCCAACGGAUGGGAAACCAUGACAGACGAAGUAUUUGUCGUCGCACUUCUCAAAUCACCGGCUCGCGUGCUCGUGCAGUCGGGCGACCAGUCACAAGCCAUCCAAGCGCCUGCAGGCAUCAGCGCGCAUUCUGUGCCCAUGGGCGUAGGCCAGCAGAAAUUUGCUGUCACCCGUGAUGGACAGACGAUACUCUCGGGAACCAGUCUCAAAGACAUUGUCGACACCUGCGUGUGCGGCAUCUACAACUUUAACGCGUACGUGGGAACACUGCCGGCACCAUCCACGAUUGACCGGCUCCAGCCAGCUGGGCUGGCUAUGUUCUCACAAGGGUUGAAGGUUGCGUGCCCAACGAAUACUUUGGGGGCGAGUUCCAGUUCUGUCAGGAGCGGGGUUCCAGUACAGACAGGAUGGAACGGGAAACAUUAA